CUGCAGUCCAGAUCUGCUGCCGCGGUCUUCUUCAAAGAACCAGGAUUGGAUCGGGGCAAUAACUGCAUUCCGGGUCUCAUUUCGUGUUUUUGUCCUUAUCCUGCUCCCGAUCGGGAAAGCCUGCUGUUGUUGCAGCUCUGGUCCAUGGUUCCUUAAACGUCCUUGUCUUUCUUCGUUUCCUCUUUCCCCUUCAUGUACCUCUACUUCUUCUCCUUCCUCUCCUUCUUCAUUUCCUUUGAAAAUUUUUUCUUCUUCUACGUCCAAGAACUUCAAUAACAUCAGCAAUCACACCAUGGCAUCUUCUAGCCUUGCACGGCCGCCCACUGCAUCAGCAAAAGGCAAGGGCAAGGGCAAGGCAAAGGACAUUCCAAAUUUCGAGCCACAGUCCGAGACACAACAAAAACAAUUGCAGCGGGAGAAGACGGUGUACAGAUGGAUCGAGCGGGGACAAAUGGCGGAGCCGAAGGGUUAUGGCCAAUAUUGGGUYCGCUGCAGGUUGUGCAAGUYGGURUUCACAGCGUCCACCACCAGGGCAGUCGAACACUUCUUCAAGAAAGGGAAACCAUGCACUGCGAGGACGGCAGAGAUUCUGCACUUGCUUGCAUUGGAUGGCGCGAAGAUCGAAGGAGAUGUAGCCAAGAGGAUGGUCCACAGGUACAGGGUGGAGAGCGGGAUACCUGAGGACAUGGGGAUGGGGCCUGAUGGGGAGCAAGACGGAGCUGCGCUGCAGGAAAUGGAGGCACAACUUCGGCCACCACCGGUGUCGGGGAGAGAGGUCCCAACAACAGCGCAAGCUCAAAGUGCUGCAGUGCCUGAUUCGGGAGGCCGCACAUCUCAAGGACUAGACUUGGGUGAAUUGGAGGCCGCAGCCGCUGCUGGCCCUUCUUGCCAGGCCUCCUCCUCCACCACCGAUGUGAGGACGGGAAAGAAAACCCAGACCUCUAUCCGCAAGUGGGUAAAGAACAUUGCACAGAAGAGGUUGGACAAACAGUGGGGUAAGGCUUUGUUUCGGGCCGGGGUGCCCUUCAACUUUGUGAGGCAAGAGGAGACCAAAGCACUUCACGACUUCUACAUGGAGUUGGGUGCACAGAAGGCAAAAGCACAGAUGACCACAUUCGAUACUCUGCGGACCAUUGUGCUUGACGCCAUCUUUGAUGAGGUGAAGCAAACUGUGCAACCAAUCGCGGAUAAGUGGGAUAUGUCAGGCUGCACACUCAUCACUGAUGGAUGUACGGAUAUAAAGUUCAGGCCAGUCCUGAAUUUCGUUGGCGGUGGAGAGGGAGGUGCAGUACUGAUGAAGGUGGUCGACACGUCCAAUUGGGAAAAAAAUGCCAUGGCUCUUGCCAAACUGUGGGAGGAGGUCAUACGAGAGAUUGGGGUGCAGAGGAGCUUAUGGACGUUCCAUUGCGAACCGCCGAAGGAACAGGCCAUGAAAGAGCCAAUGUGGGACGAGUUCGGCAAGGGAGAUAGUAGCCUCACUAGGAAGACGGCCUCGCAGUGGUGGGCUGCAUAUGGUGGGAAGCAUAAGAAGCUUCAGAAGAUCGCAACAAGGGUAACUGCCAUGUGGAGCACAGCGACACCUGUAAAGAGAAACUGGUCCUCCCUUGACUUGGUGCAAACAAAGAGGAGGAACAAUCUCUCCAUCGAGAGUGUUGAAAAGUUGGUGUACAUCCACUGGAAUAUGCAGCUAAGUGUGGUUCGCCGCGGUCUGAAGUGUGGCUUUUUGGACAUGUGGGGCACAUGCGUCGACGAUCCCGAGCCUCCAAGCGCAAAAGACCCAGCAGUUUUGUCAGGCCCCUUGGAGGGGACGGAGGAGGAGGAUGCGAGACAGGCAAGACUGAGGAAAGCCCCCAAAGGCAGGAUUCCGAAGGGCUGGGACACCGACGACGCCUCCGAUUAUGAGAGCAGCGACGAAGAGCUCAUAUGGAGUGGGAAAGGAGAGAAUGGAGGAAGGAGGUCACAACCAGCAAGGGACGCCAAGGGCAAGGCCGCAAUGGUCGAGGAGAGCGAUGUGGACAACGAUGAACUUGGGGGGGAGGAGGAGGAGGACGAGGAUCCAGAUGAUCCGGACUUCAAGUUGCAUCCACCCGGGCUCGACGAUGACUCUGAGCCUGAUAUGGGCGACCGCACAAGGUCCACUCCAGCCAUUUACACACCUCACGCGAAGAGCAAUCUUUCUUUCGUUAUGCCAGCAUUGUGCCCUUCGAGGGCGGACACGCUUGUCAAUGAUGACGCUGAUCGGGUUGCAGCAAGGGCAACAGCAGCGACAAAGACAGGAGGAGCAGCACCUGCAACGUCGAUAGCAGCAGAAGCUGUAGCGCCAGACGCGCUCGUAGAAGCGCCAAAAGCAAGAGGAUCGGUAGCACUUGCUGCAGCAGCAGGAUUGGCAGCAGCAGCGCCAGAUGCACCUGUACAAGUCUCAGCAGCAGUGCCAGAUGCACCAGUGGAAGUGCGAGAAGCAGUAGGGUCAACAGCACCAGCUGUGGUGGGAGGGGUGGCAGCUGUAGUGGCAGGUGCGGCAGGUGCGGCAGCUGCAGCGACAGGUAUAGCAGCUACAGCAAGAGCAGCAGUAGCAGUAGCUGGAGCACCCGUUGUGACAGCUGCAGCACCCGGCGUGGCAGCUGCAACAGAAUCAGCUACACCAGCUUCAGCAACAGGCGCGGAAGCGCAAGCUGAGGCCAAACAACUGAAAAAGGAUCAGCAACAGAUGCCACAGCUUGAGGAACAGCAGAUGCCACGGCAGGAGCAUGACCAGGAGAAGCAGCUGCCACAGCUCAAGGAACAGCAGAUGCCACAACAGCACCAGCAAGCGGAGCAAGAGGACUACCAAAAUUGGCAGCAAGAGCAGAAGCAUGACCUGGAGCAGGAGAAGCAGCAACAGCAGUCGGAAAAGCAUGAAGAGCUGCAGCUGCAACAACGGCAAUAUAGCGAGACAACUGCGGAACCAGCACGACACUCGGUCCAGUGCCCUCCUCUCCCUCGCCUGGAUGACAACCUCGUUUGCGACAACCUGGAUAUCAGUAGGGCGGGAAGAAAAAGGAAACCCCCUCCCGCUCAAAUGACUGCUGCGCCGGUAGCCAAACGGGGGCGUGGAAGGCCGCGCAAAGGAGAACAAAGACCUGCACCUGCACCGAAUCCACCGCCGGCGCCUCCAUCCAGACCAUGCCGCAGACAAUGCAAGGGGAAGACAUUCAGAGGACAUCGCGAGGUAAUCGAGGAUGAUCCUACAUCAGAGGAAGAUAGCAGCGAAAGCAAGGCUUGGAGCGAGUCGGAUCCUGAGUGGAAGUAAAGUGUGGCGGGUUGCUGCGAGCAAGUACACACACCACUCAUCAGAGUGGUGGCAGUCUGAUGCACUGCGCUGA